GGGUGCUCACUGGCCUUGUCUGGCAGCUGGCAACUGCGACUGAACUGCACCUCGCAUCAGUCCGCUCUCAACCUUCCUUGCCAUCAACACUCCUCCUUUCUACAGAUCUACAGACCUCUGCACUUCUCACUAAGUCUUCUCAGCACCAUCAGUCAACAUGGCCCUCAGCAUGAAGUAUCUGCGCAGUCUGGGACUCCGGGUGGCACCUCAGCUUAGCCGUGUGCAGCACCUCUCGGCACAACCCGCAGCAAACAUCCAAGAGAAGAAGGAUGGUCCAAAAGCCAAAUUUGACUGGAGGGAUGCUCUCAACCUGGAGAGUCAGCUGACCGAGGAUGAGAUCAUGAUCCGAGAUGCUUUCCAUGACUACUGCCAGGAGAAGCUGAUGCCACGGAUCAAGGAGGCAAACAGGCACGAAAAGUUUGACCGUGACAUCAUGUCUGAGAUGGGGGCCAUGGGGGUACUGGGACCUACAAUCCAUGGCUAUGGGUGCCCUGGGGUGUCCUCUGUGGCAUAUGGACUUAUUGCAAGGGAGGUGGAGAGGGUGGACUCUGCCUACAGGUCAGCCAUGUCUGUGCAGUCUUCCCUGGUCAUGUACCCCAUCUGGGACUUUGGUACUGAAGAACAAAGACAGAAGUAUCUCCCAAAGCUGGCAAAGGGAGAACUGGUGGGCUGCUUUGGCCUGACAGAGCCAGACCAUGGAAGUGACCCAGCAGGCAUGGAGACCCGGGCCAAGUACAUCCCCUCAGAUAAGGUGUACCUCCUCACUGGCUCCAAGACAUGGAUCACCAACUCGCCUAUUGCUGAUAUAGUGGUGGUGUGGGCUAAGUGUGAGGAUGGCCACAUCCGAGGCUUCAUCAUGGAAAAGGGCAUGAAGGGCCUCGAUUGCCCCAAGAUUCAAGGGAAGUUCUCCCUGCGAGCAUCCGAUACUGGCAUGAUCCUGAUGGAUGAGGUGGUUGUGCCAGAAGAAAAUAUGCUGCCUGGUGUUAAAGGACUCAAGGGUCCUUUCAGCUGCCUCAACAAUGCCAGGUAUGGCAUUGCAUGGGGUGCCCUGGGAGCAGCUGAGUUUUGUCUGGACAUGGCCCGCAGCUACACCCUGGACAGGAAGCAGUUUGGCCGUCCUUUGGCCAACAACCAGCUAAUCCAGAAGAAGAUGGCUGAUGCACUUACUGAGAUCUCUCUUGGCCUCCAGGGCUGUGUGCAUGUGGGCCGCCUCAAGGAUGAGGGCAAGGCCACCCCAGAGAUGAUCAGCCUCUUGAAGCGCAACUCCUGUGGCAAGUCCUUGGACAUUGCCCGCAACUGCCGGGACAUGCUGGGCGGCAAUGGCAUCUGUGAUGAGUACCACAUUGUGCGGCACGUGAUGAACCUGGAAGCUGUGAACACCUAUGAGGGCACCCACGACAUCCAUGCGCUCAUCUUGGGCCGUGCUAUCACAGGGCUACAGGCGUUUAGUGCUAAAUAAGGUAUGAAUCAAAAUCUUAGUAUAUUUUCUCUUCAGUAGCAUUUAGCAGUACCAUUGAUAAGGUGCUGCUUGGAUGUUUGCUUCCCAUAUGUAAGUGUAAAUACCUGUGGGUUGUUAGGAGGGUAAGUGUGAGUGUGUUUUGUCAUGUUUUGAGCAAGUGUUGGAUUUAUCAUGGGUAUGAAUGAUGCCUGGAGUGAUGAAGGGUAUGAGGCAAUGCCACACUAAUAGGUGCUGCAGUGGUGUGCCUCCUGUGUCUAGAGGGAGGGAGGGAGAGAAAAAGGGUAUGAAAAUAUUUGUUAGUCUUCCAGCAUAUUGUAGAGUUUGCAGGAAGUUUGACCAGUAUCAUUGUGAAUCAUAUUUUGAGAACUAGUAUUGGCUGAAUAAGAGAACAUUAUUUAUACUUUAAGUUUAUCUAAUUAAGUCAUACCAUGUCAUAAAUUUUGUGUGUCCGAAAUCAUCUCAAGUUCAUGAUUCAGGUUGAAAGUUAUUGAUUGGUUGUGGUCAGUAAAGUGGGUAUCCUUUAUUUAUUGGUUUGGUCUGGGUAAUUAGAUCCACUGUUAGAAAGGAUACACUCUUAAACAUUAUAUUUACAUUAUCUAUUCAAAGGAAAAGCAAUUGUAAGAACUCUGCUUUUGAGGCAGAUGGAUAUGAUGUAGUCAAAUGGUACAAUAGACUUAUCAUAUUAUGUGUGAUUGGUACUCUGUUUUCAAAGCAUGUUUACAUUUUUCAUUUGUAAUUAUAAACUAUACAUUGAGUUACAAAUUAAAAAAUGAAUGUAGAGUUAUUAGGCUACCUCUGCAAGACCAUUAUAGUAUGCUAAGUGGCUAUCUUUCCAAGAUAAUUAUAGUAUGAUGAGUAUGGAACAUUUCUCAGUUCUGACCAUUAUAACCUCAUGUGGAAGCAGGAAGUUAAGUGAUUAAAGUGUCGUGUUUGAGAGGGGAGGGAGUAAUUACUAGUCUGCUAACAGUGACACCACUGUAGUCAGUAGAGGUGCACUGUCAAUUAAUGCCUUCACAGACUCUCUUCAGCCCCUCACACUGCUUGUUAUGUGCUGCUGUUAUGGUAGUCAAGUUUUCAACUGUGAAUUUUUAAUGGUGUUGAAAAGAGUUUGUCCUGUAAGGGGAAAUUGUAUACUAAUAUUUUAAUACAUGAUGGAAAAAAAGUUAUUGUAUUAAAAGAAUUGGGUUAUUCUUGAGAAAGGAUCUGGUAGUGUAUUAGUGUUGGUUUAUACUACAUUGUAAAGAAAUCACAUAUGUAAUUUCUUUACUUCAUUAUAUUUUAUUAAAAAUUG